CAAUUGUGAAUGAAUUUCUUUUAAGAAGCAGAACAAUUUUGUACACAACGCUGGACAGAAAUUUUUUUGGCAAAUUUUAAUAAAUUGCUGAAUAAAAUAUAUACGGAUUUUUGUAACUGAAAAAGGACCAUAAAUAUCCGAAAAAUUUCAGCAAGAGGAUCUUUUCUAGCGACCAACGCAAACAAGCAGGAGGGGUUUACUUACAAAAAUGGCCACCAGCGACAUCAGUAGUUCCAACGAACGCCACUAUUAUGCAAAACUUGAAGCUAUCAAAGAUAUACGAGAUAAAACCUUAGCAUUGGAAAAAUUAAAAUUGAAAAUUGUUAAAGAAGUAAAAAUAAGCGACGAUGAGGAAAAAUGCCUCGAUGAGUAUCGCAAAGAAAUGGAACAUUUGCUCGAGGAGAAAAUGUCUCACGUCGAAGAACUGCGACAAAUUCAUGCUGAUAUAAAUGACAUGGAAAAUAUAAUUAAACAAACCAAGGAAAAUCAAACGCGUUCCGUUGACAUGGCCAAUCGCGUAUAUGAAGAAUAUCUUGCUCUUAAGUAUCAAAUCGACCAUAUGCGUCGCGACUAUUUGGGUCUUAGUCCAUUACGUGAAUUACAUGAAGAGGAAGGUAGCCCAAUUUCAAAGGACCGCUUUCAAACUAAUUUUUUGAAAGUGAGCGCCGCAGCAGCUGCUGCCGUAGCCGCUGCACAACCUACAUCCCUGGCACGUCCUCAUCCUCGUCAUCCACUUAUACCGGAAACUACGGUAACUGCAUUAGCGCCUACCGGUGGUGUUAGUGGUCCAACUGGUGGCCAUGCUUUUAUGCCACCCGCUCCACCUGGCUCUGGAUCGGCUGCUGCUGCUGGAGCGGCAGUGCGUUUAGGAAAAAGUGACUUCUCCGCACCACCAUUGCCUCCCCCACCCACAUCGCGCUUACAGCAAGCGCCAUCAAUUGGUAUAGGACACCAUCCAUCAUUCCGAUCGGAUUUUAAUGUGAAUCUCCGUCAACAACCGCCACCAAUGAAAUCAUGUCUCUCGUGCCAUCAACAAAUUCAUCGUAACGCUCCUAUUUGCCCAUUAUGCAAGGCAAAAUCACGCUCACGUAACCCCAAGAAACCAAAGAAAAAGAAUAAUUAGAGGUGUUCUUAAUGUGGAAAAUAACUCCCGAAAACAAAAAUUGAGCUUCUCCAACGCUUGUAGAGUAACAUUUAACAAAUGCUAAUAUAUAAGAUUACAUUCGUAUAUUUAUGUUAUAAUUUUUCCAAUUUCGUGUAGUUUUCGUGAACGUAAGAUUUGUGCUCAAUUAUAGAACACUUAAAACCCUUCAAUGAAAGAAUAACUCUAAAACUA